GACGGAGAGCACGUUGUUGAAUUGUUUUUGGUUUUGCGAGGCGAAGCGCGUCGCCGUCUAGCUGGAAUCGGUAAAUUUUAGUGAAAAAUAAGCUGAAAAGUAUUGGCGCAAGCCUAAAAGUGUAGCACCAUGUUCGUUCUUUACGAAACACCGGCAGGAUAUGCCAUAUUCAAGCUGCUGGAUGACAACAAAUUCAAGGAGAUCGACAACCUGUACCUGGAGUUUGAAACACCGGAAAAGGCCAACAAGAUCGUCAAGCUAAAGCACUUUGAAAAGUUUGCCGACACUACGGAAGCUCUUUCGGCGGCCACCGCUGCCGUGGAGGGCAAACUGUCCAAGCCGUUGAAGAAGGCACUGAAGAAGCUGGUGGUGGAUGAUGUCCAGAAUGAGCUGCUCGUUGCCGACGCCAAGCUCGGCAACGCGAUCAAGGACAAGAUGUCGCUGCAGUGCGUGGCCAACACGUCGGUGCAGGAGCUGAUGCGUUGCAUCCGCACGCAGUCGGAAAGCUUGCUCUCCGGGCUGCCCAAGAAGGAGAUGACGGCCAUGUCGCUCGGUUUGGCCCAUUCGCUUUCUCGCUACAAGCUCAAGUUCUCGCCCGACAAGAUCGAUACAAUGAUCGUGCAGGCACAGUGCCUUCUGGACGAUCUGGACAAGGAGCUGAACAACUACAUGAUGCGCGUACGGGAAUGGUACGGCUGGCACUUCCCCGAACUAGGAAAGAUUCUGACCGACAACGUAGCGUACGUGAAGACCAUCAAGCUGGUCGGAAUGCGUGAAAACAUGGCCGAUACCGAUUUGUCCGAUAUUUUGAUGGAAGAGGUUGAGCAGAAAGUGAAGGAAGCGGCUGAAAUUUCGAUGGGCACGGAAAUCUCGGAAGAAGACAUCACCAACAUCCAAAGUCUGUGCGAUGAGAUCAUCUCGAUCACUGAAUAUCGCACCCAUCUGGCCGACUAUCUGAAGGCGCGUAUGAUGGCCAUGGCACCGAACUUGACUGUGCUGGUGGGCGAGCAGGUCGGUGCUAGGUUGAUCGCUCACUCGGGCUCCUUGGUCAAUCUGGCGAAGCAUCCUGCUUCCACGCUUCAGAUUUUGGGUGCGGAAAAGGCGCUGUUCCGUGCGCUCAAGGCCAAAAAGGACACACCCAAGUACGGUUUGAUCUUCCAUGCCGGAAUGGUCGGUUCCGCGAGCAUCAAAAACAAGGGUCGCAUCUCGCGAUCGCUGGCCGCGAAGGCUUCGCUGGCCACCCGUGUGGACGCGUUCGGUGACGAUGUGACCAUGCAGCUGGGCAUUGACCACAGGGCGAAGCUGGAAACGAGGCUUCGCAUGCUGGAGGAGGGCAACAACAAGCGGCUGUCGGGCGUGAAGGCGAAGGCUAAGCUGCAGAAGUUCCACGCCGUCAGCGAGGUGAAAACGUUCAAGGUCGCCACCGACAGUACGCUUCCUUCCACCUCGUCUAAGAAGCUGAAGGCCGAGGAUGAAGCGGCCAAUGCACCUUCGCCCAAAAAGAAGAAGAUUGAGGAGAUAGAGCCGGAAAUGGGAGAACCCUCGACCGAAAAGAAGAAGAAAAAGAAGAAGAAGAACAAGGAAGAAGGAGCGGCCGAAGAAAGCAUGAUGGAUGAUAGUGUCGCCGCGGCGGAGGAGGAGACCCCGACGUCGACAAAAAAGAAUAAAAAAUCCAAAGCGAAAAAGGCAGCCGCCGAGCAGGAUGAUGAGUAGGGCGGGGUAUUGGUUCGUGGUAGGAUUUAGAAAGUUACACUAAAAGGUACAUAGAUUUAUGUAUAUCUUAAGAGCCAGAAAGGGAGGUAGCGGGAGAAUGUUGAUAACAGUUUUAUCUCCUUGACUUACACUCGCUCGUUGACAGUGACAUGUUAGGAAAAGGGCAAUGCGCGCUGCCGUGCUGUAUAUGUUGUACAGCAUAGUAACACUUUAAAAACCAGCCAAGUUAACCAGCCGGUUAAUGAAAUUCAGCAUUGCUUUACUGUACCAGUUCCAACCUCCAGCAUGGCCCGAUUUUUUGGAAUUUAUCUAUUUCCAGAAAAGUAAGGCAUCGUGUUUCUAAUCACACUAUAACCGGGUACCAACAGAAUCGCUCUUGCAAUCUACCAGCGAAACAACAAAUUUAAGUUUUUUUUAAUUUUCAUCCCUUUUAAAUUCUUGUUAAAGUAUAAUUUUGAUGUAUUUACUGUCAGCAGUUACACUCGCUCUUUUAUUACACUCAACAACGUGUAAUUAAUGUACGAUUGUUAGAGGGUUUUUUUUCGUCUCCGGCAGAUAAGGAUACUAUGUAGUGCGUAAGAUAAAUGUAAAACUGAAUAUUUUUUGCAAAAUACAUAGAAUUCUAAGUGAAAUAA